GGAGGCGGCAGCGGCGGCGGGGAGGGCGACAGAAGCGACCGUGUGUUUUCACUUUGUAGUUCCCUCUCUAACAACGUGCGCUCACGAGACCGUCGGAACUAGCUAACACCGUCUCCGUCUGAACAGACACCUGUGUGACUAUUUCUCUUCGAGCAGAGAGGAGAGGAUGAAGGGGAGGGGUCCUGACAGUUUGUGGAGUUUGUAGCAACAGAAGAAACAGCAGCACUGGCAGCCUCUGCAGCUCCUGUUUGACACCCCUGUCUACAGCAGAGCUCACCAUGAGUUAGAGAGCACAGGAGACUGUCGCCACAGCUGUCUUCUUCACCAUCUGGAGCACCGUGUCUGACCUCGACAGCAGCAUCACUUGCCCUGCUUCAUGAGCCAGCAGGAUGCGGCUGAGGUCCUCGCACUCUCCGAGCGCCUCCUUAUAGCUUCUCACAAGGGGCAAGCCGACAAUGUGGUCCAGCUCAUCAACAAGGGCGCAAAAGUAGCUGUCACCAAGUAUGGCAGAAGCCCCCUGCACUUGGCUGCUUACAAAGGCCAUAUUGAGGUCGUGCGUAUCCUGCUCAAAGCUGGCUGUGACCUGGACAUCCAAGACGAUGGAGAGCAGACGGCGUUACAGCGGGCUGCCGUGGUGGGAAACAGCGAUGUCAUCAAUGCUCUCAUCCAGGAAGGGUGUGCACUGGACAGACAGGACAAGGAUGGCAACACAGCUCUCCAUGAGGUGUCCUGGCACGGCUUCAGCCAGUCUGUCAAACUGUUGGUGAAGGCUGGAGCCAAUGCUCACGCUAAAAACAAGGCAGGAAACACAGCUCUCCACCUUGCGUGUCAGAACGGUCACGCUCAAAGCUCCAAGAUUCUGCUCCUGGGAGGCUCCAGGCCUGACAGUAAGAACCAUGCGGGGGAUACGUGCCUGCAUGUGGCAGCACGCUACAACCACGUGGCUGUGAUCCGCAUCCUGCUGGGAGCCUUUUGCUCUGUGUCAGAGAAGAACCUGGCUGGGGACACACCGCUACACGUGGCUGCUGCUCUGAAUCAUAAGAAGACAGUACGUCUGUUGCUGGAGGCAGGGGCAGACAGCCACAUCUGCAACAAUGCAGGUCAAACAGCUUUGGACCAGGCCAGAGAGCACAACAACCCAGAUGUGGCUCUUCUACUGACCAAAGCUCCCCAGGUGCAGAGUUUUGUGCGGGGCAGGAGUGUGAGGAAGAGGAGAGACAAGCUCAAGGCAGAGGGCAGAGCUCAGUCUGUUCCCAGAGAUGAGAUGCUGCUCUGUAAGGACAGUGCUUCUGCUGCAGAUGACACCCAGAGCAGUGACCGAGCUGCCUGCAGACACGCUGAGGUGACCGAGUCAAACACCAGGAGGGGAAAGAACAGGAAGCAGAAGGACAAACCGUCUUUGUCUGACCCUCUCCGCCGCAAAGAGACCAGGCACAGCGAAGGCUUUCACAAGAAGAAGUGCAAACUGCGAGGAGCUCCCCUUCAUGCAUCUGUCCCUCCACAUAACUAUAAAGCCUAUCAGCUGUACACUCUGUACCGCGGCAAGGAUGGCAAGAUCAUGCAGGCUCCUCUAAACGGCUGCCGCUGUGAACCUCUCAUCAGUAAACUGGAGAACCAGCUGGAGGCCACAAAGGAGGAGAUGAAGACUGAAAUCCACACCGUCCAAGAUCUGAUGAACAGCAAGAUGGGCCAACUGGACCGCAAGAACAAACAUCAGAUGCGAGCUCUGGAUAAGAUGACAGUGGAGAGAGUGUCCGCAGAAAGGAGCGAGUGUCUGCAGAGGAUCGAGCAGCGGGCUCUGCAGGAGAGGCUGGAAGCAGAGAAGAGACAGCAGGCGUCCCUGGUCAGUGAGCUGAAGAGCUGGUGUAUGUCCAAACUGCAGAACAUAGAUCUUCGCUUCACAGGAGAGCCCGGCAGCACCAAGCUGCAGCGCUCCUCCUCUGCUGCAGAGGGCCUGAAUGAAGCCGAUGGAGCCGGCCUCACUGUGCUGCCCUCUGGCCAGGAAGGCAGCUCCCAGUGCCUGGAUCUCCACAACAGCCCUGCCCUCCUGGACUCCAGUCGGGGCGAGGCCAGUGUGGCAGAGGGCAGCUCAGCAAACCACUACUUUGUGGUUCAUGUGGAGAGCUCUCCAGAUGGUGAUAAAGCUCAUAAUGCUGAAGUCACCUCUCCUGCAGCAGCCAAAAGCCCGCUGUCAUCUGUCCAGGUGGUUCGGCCGAAGGAGCGUCCUGUGAUGUGUGCUGACACCCAAAGGAAGAACCAGGAGCCGCAGGAGGUGGACAUAGCAGAGCACAGGGCAAAGGGGGAAAGGAAUUACAGAGCCAGCAGCCUGUCUCCGGCCACAGAGCGCCGCUGCAGCAGCAGGACUGAAGCCGGGCUCAGAGACAGGGAGCGAGGGCGGGACAGAGGGAAGCACCACAAGAAGCAUUCCCAGGGCAGGACUAAGUCCAGAGGGGCCACAGGGGUCCGGACUCUGGAGGUCUUUGGAGAGCAGCCCAGCGAACCCUCCUUUGCUCAGGAGAGGGACAACAUGCACGCUCUGGAGGUGACGCAGUACUUCUUUGAGGCGGUGUCCACGCAGAUGGAGCGCUGGUACGAGAGGAAAGUGCAGGAGGCUCGCUGGCAGGCCGAUCAGAGGGCUCAGGCCGACAGAGCCGCUCUGAUCGAGAGGAUCGCUUACCUGGAGGAUGAACUGCGCAUGCUGAGGACUACCAGACGUGAUGACUGCUAACACACACCUCAUCUGUCACUACCAGAGGGUUUACCUUUCAACAGCCUCAGCAUGAUCUGGAUUUAUGAUCCAUAAAUGACAAACAGACAUUGUGUUCCUGGACACCACAGCCAUACUGAGGAGAUAACUGAAUUCAUUAUGUCAUUAAGCUGUGGGGCCUGGAGCCACUCAAUCAUAUAAUGGAAUACUAAAAACGCUCCACAUUCCUGUGCUGUUGGUUGUCACGGUAACAUUGUACUGAUCUGUUGAGAGCUGUUCAUACACUUCUGUAGAAAUAAGGGCAGCUGUUGUGCACUGUGUUGUAAAUAAAGCAGUAGAUAUAAAGCUAGGUGUUAAAACACUGAUCUAAUGUGCCGUUUAUGGGAUAGAUUAACUACAUCACAUUAACAAUCAACAACCCUGUGCAGUGUGUUCACACAUUGUAAGCCCAACCAUUCUCUAGAUAUUGAUUUGUGUACCACCAUGAGCAUUCUGUCAUUAACAGCAAGUUUAGCUGAUCUGCAUCUUGGAUCAUAGUGAAGUUGUGUGGAUGGAGAGAAUUACAGUACAAUAAGCUUUUUGUUGGUAUCUGCAUGCUGAGAUCAGCCCCGUUAGAGGAGCAACCUUCUGCUUACCUAUGAGAAUGUAGCUAAACUCACACUGUAUAUAAACCCUGAAGGUUUUUUUUUUAAAUCAAUAUCAGUAGCUGAAGCAUUUUCUUUAUUUUCUGAGCCCACUAGAUGGCUCUUUAUGUUCAACAAAAGGUUGAAAGCACACUGAAUUGCUAUUCUUUGAGCCUCUCUCUUUAAACCAGGAGGCUUUGCUGCUUAACAGACCAAACCACUGAUCAGUAAUAACAGUAAUCAUUAGUUGCAGCCCUGAUCAACACCAAACAAACCAUGUCAUGACCCCGAACAGCUGACUACAUAUAAUCAUGUCUUCCAGUAAGCUAAUGCACUGCCAAUAAAGUAAAGAACAGUCCUGGUGAAUUGUGUCAAGUUGCAUGAAGAAAGCUCAGAGUUGUGUUACAGUAUUACUGCCUGCUGUAUGUUUGAUGUAGUGACUGUGUGCUCAUACACGUUGGUUAGUUUUAUGGAUAACUCUGUGGAUAUGAAUAAUGCACUCUGUGUGAUGAUGACAGAAAACAUAUUUUGUAUUAAAAAAAAAAUGAUCAUCUUGAA